GCUGACGAAAGCUUUUCAGACCCUCUUCGUCCGCCUUCAGAGGAGCCUCGUCAGUUUGCGAGUUCUCCUCCUGCUGAGAGCUUUCGGCGCAGUUUUCUCUCAGUUUGGUUCGCUUUUCUGAGGGAACUCACCACUUCCACUUGGAUGCUGUGUGUGGAGGAUGCGUGUUCUCCAGCUCUCCGCUCGGACGCUGUAGUGGUCGACGUUUGACUGAACCGUCCACGUGUUUUAAGCAUCAGGCAUGUUCCCUGAAAUCAACAACAAGGCGGCCAGACCAGAGGCUUUCCCUCACCCUCAGAGGUCACAGGCCGAGAGCACCCGCAUAGGAACCAACCGCACCUAUACACAGAAGUGCAGCACAGGGACUGGCACCUUACCCCAACUCGACCCGCCAGUCAAACAGGUGGUGGUGACCAACGGCAAACUUCUCCACCAAUCAGACGGCAUCUUACCCAACAUCGUCAAACAGCUGGUGCAGAAUGUCCAACAAAGUCAGGAGGAGAGGGAGAGGCCGAGGCCUCAGUUCCCUGCACGCUUCGGGUCCUCGGUGGACAACAUCUCAGAGUCUUUGACCAGAAGUAUCAUCAACAAAUUUGAGAAGAUCAGGACGUAUGAGGGACAGAGGCUGCCCAUGUCGCCAACAGCUGCACUCAAGCACUUUCAGAGCCAGCUCACGGAGUACGAGCAGGAGGAGAUUAUGGACUACUCUGAGAUCUGGUAUCUGGCCUUAGACACCAAGAAGAUCGAGGGCUGCCAGGGAUCUCCGCAGAAUUCAGGCUAUGAUGACGAGCAUGGCAGCUACCUCAAGGUCCUUCAUGACCAUAUCGCCUACCGCUACGAGGUUCUGGAAGUGAUUGGGAAGGGAUCCUUCGGGCAGGUCCUCAAAUGCCUGGAUCAUAAGACAAAUGAAAUGGUGGCCAUCAAGGUCAUUCGCAACAAGAAAAGGUUCCAUCAGCAGGCGCUGGUAGAGCUGAAGAUUCUGGACGCGGUGCGGAGGAGAGACCGCGACAACUGCCACAACGUCAUCCACAUGAAGGAGUACUUCUACUUUCGCAACCAUCUCUGCAUCUCCUUCGAGCUGCUGGGAGCGAACCUGUAUGAACUGAUCAAGAAGAACAACUUCCAGGGCUUCAGUCUGGCCCUAAUCCGGCGCUUUGCCCACUCUCUGCUCAAGUGCCUGCAGAUGCUGCACAGGGAAAAGAUCAUCCACUGCGACCUCAAACCGGAGAACAUUCUGCUGUCCCAGCGAGGGCAGGGGAAUAUCAAGGUGGUCGACUUUGGGUCAAGCUGCUAUGAGCAGCAGAGAGUGUACACCUACAUCCAGAGCCGUUUCUACCGCUCUCCAGAGGUGAUCCUGGGCCACCCGUACAGCAUGGCUAUAGACAUGUGGAGCCUGGGCUGCAUCCUGGCUGAGCUCUACACAGGCUACCCGCUGUUCCCGGGAGAGAGCGAGGUAGAGCAGAUCGCCUGUAUCAUGGAGGUGCUGGGCUUGCCUCCAAAUGACUUUGUUCAGACAGCAUCCAGAAGGCGGUUAUUUUUCGAUUCGAAAGGGAACCCACGGAACAUCACUAACAGCAAGGGCAAGAAACGCAGACCCAACUCAAAGGAUCUUGCCAGCGUGUUGAAGACCAACGAUCCUCUGUUUUUGGACUUUAUAAGGCGCUGUCUUGUGUGGGACCCUGCUAAGCGCAUGACUCCAGAUGAGGGCAUGCAGCACGAGUGGAUCCACGAGGGCCGUCUCAACAAGCUCCGCCCUAAAACACGACCAAUAAGAAAGCCAGGCGAGUGUGACAGCAACUACGAGUACACUUUCCGCAGAACAACCACCAACAGGACUGAGGACAGAGCGAAAAAGGAGAACUCGGUCAAAGACAGCAAGAUAGAGACAGCAGAGCGCCUGCGUCCCAUUGGAGCAUCAGCUGAGGAGGAGACCUGUGAAGGAGUGGAUAAGAGUGUGUCCAGUAAAGAGAGCAAAGACAGCAAACCAGAGAGCAAUCCAGACAGUGGAGAGCGCUCUGUAGAAAUCAUCAUCAAACCUCAGUCUCAGUCCCAGUCAAGCACAGACUCAGAGACACAGGAGGUCCACUGUCCGCCUCUCAUUUAACAGGCUGAAAGAGGGGAUGCCGUCACUCAGUUCAGGCUUUGGACACUGAGUCAGGACCACCCUGGUCAGUGGUGCUGAUGGAGUCUGAAGGGUGUUUGAUUCAUGCAGGGCUGCCUGCUAGAUAAAAGAUCAAUGUUGGCUUUUAUUUAGAACCUGUCUCUUACUCGCCAUUGGUUUUGUAGGUUUUCUUAUUGUGUUUAUAUUUUUUUUAAGUUGGAAGUAAAUGUUGUCACUGCUGCACACUAUGAGUCGUCUGAGAUUAAAGAGGAAUUCCACCUGUAUUUCUGCGUAAUUUAAUC